GAAAAAAGCUUUGUCAUUAGGGAAACCGAAAAGUCGCUAAGUUGCCAAGAUUCCCAAGAAACAAAGCAACAUAAUGAUGGAAUAGAAAAAGAAGAAUGUUGUUCUAGCAAGCAAGCCACAUUAAUUUUAAAACAUAAUAAAGCUCAUGACACAGAAGACAGAUGAAGAUGAAGCAAUAAUGUCUGGUCCACAAGGAAGAUGUAAUGAUGAGGAACUUCUUCGGUUGCCACCACAGGAGUUGGUAAGAAGGUUAAGAAGAACUGAAGCUGAGAAUUUGAAGCUGAUGAUGGAUCAUGGCGGAUUAAUGAAGGAUUUCAAUCGACGUAUGCAGGUUCAUCUUAUGGAAAUACGAGGACUAAAAGAUGUCAACCAGAGACUUCAAGAUGACAAUCAGGAGCUUAGGGAUCUCUGUUGUUUCCUUGAUGAUGACCGACAAAAAGGCCGAAAGCUAGCUCGAGAGUGGCAGCGGUUUGGCCGCUAUACCGCAAGUGUGAUGAGACAAGAAGUUUCAGCUUAUCAGUCAAAAUUGCAGGAACUGGACAGCAAACAACAAGAAUUGAUUCGUGACAACUUAGAACUGAAGGAACUCUGUUUGUACUUGGAUGAAGAAAGGUCUCGUGGAACAUGUAGUCAGUGUGGGGGACCAUUGAAUGGUAGACGUGAUGAUGGAGAUGGUAGUAGUUCGUCUAAUAAUGAAGAACUAGGAUUGGUUGCUCCUCCUAAUCCUUCACACUUCUCUUCAACUAUAACACAAAGAUCUGUGGAAGAAGCAAUUCAAAGACAUCGUUCUGUUAUCAAUGAACAAAUUUUGCAAUAUAUAAGAAACCUAGAAAGCCAAGUUCAGCAGUUAGAAGAAGAGAGAUCUCUAUUUCAGAAUCACUAUAAUGGAGGAUCAGAAUCUCAUGGACUUGAUAUUAGAAAGGGAGCUGUAGGAGAAUCUAGGACUGAAGAAACUGAAGGUUACCCUGGGAUGAUGAAACCUGAAGCUGUAGUUCAAGCCCUGAAGGUUCUAGAUGUUCAUGAGCAAAUAGAGAGGAACAAUGAUAGUGAUUUGGAUUCUGAAGAGAUGGCCACUGGAGAAAAGGCUUUAGUUAGAGAGAUGUGCAAUGUUGUUUGGCGAAAAUUAGAAGAUGGGCCAGGCUAGUGGAUUCCUUCUUAUGUUUGGACUUCUCUCUAAUAACGUGGAUAAUUAUUAAGAACUGAAUAGAAUACGUAAUAAAUGUGGAAUGAUAGAUAAUUAAAAAUACAAGAAGGUGGACUUGUCACAAAUAGCCUCAUGAAAUAAAAAUCUAAUAUAAUUUCAAAUGUAGAUGAUGCUGUACUUGUUAGUGCCAGAUUGUAUGAAUGUAAUAGAUUUCCAGAAAUGAAUUUUUGUAAGUUAGCGUUCAUGUAACAUCUUUCCCAUGUUGAACACUUGUAAGCUAAAAUCUAAGUGAAAGUGGAGUAGAAGAGAAAGUGGUGAAUGCUCACAAAUGUUACUUCAUUGUGUUUGUAAUUUAUGAAAAAAGAAAUUAAUAGUCUAAUAAUUUAAUGUGUGUUUCAGUACAUUUUUGUUAAGUAAUCGAAGGAAACUAUUAGCUAUUGGCAAAGUCUCAUAUAAAAAACCUUAAAAUUUGGCUGUAGGCAUCUUCACUAUUAAUGAUGUAGCUUUGUGUGCAGAUAUUAUAAGAUUUUGCAUUACCUGAAAUUCUUAUACAUGUGUUUUGUUUAUAUAUAAUGAUAUCCUUCACAUACUCGUGUUACCAAUAUAAGACUUGUAAAACUACAUAGCAGCUAUUUUAGGAUACAACAUAGAUUCUUGUUAAAGAUAUGUAUUUUUCUGUCUUAAUAUAUAUAUAUAUAUAUAUAUAAAGUAUAUUUUACAAAUCUCUAACCUGUAUAGAGGUGAUUUAGUAUGCUCAAGUAACUUUAACCAUACUGUGGUGACUAUGUACAUGUGGUAUUAACAGACAUGUACCUGAUAACAGUUUAGAUAUGUAUACAACGUGCUGUAAAGGUUUGAAAAUUAAGAGAACAAGAAGAAAUUGUUUACCAUACACUAUUUUGUUUAAGUGUUAUAGUACAGAUAAAUCAAGAAAUGUACUAAUAGUUAUCAUUUUCCAGAAGUUAAACUCUCAGAAUCAACUUUUUCUGAAAUCUUUUUGUGAGGUAUUAUAUCUAAAAUUGUUUUGAUAUGGUUUUUCUAAAACCCAGAUUAAAGGUUUCGAUGUGUCUGAUAAAUGUUUGUAAAUAACUUAACUCUAGAAUUUUACUAGAAUAUACGUCUUUAUAAAAUACUUUAAAUCUACAUGUUGUUUUAUCAAAAACAUUGGUUUAUUAAGAUGAUUUGGUGCGUGGUCCAUAAGGUAAGAUGCUCAGCAUCCCACUUUGAAUAGAAAAAGAAACAACUGAAUGUUUCUGUUGACUAUAUUUUGUUAGGCAUAUUACAAUAAUUGAAACACUUUUAACUGGUAAAGUCAUCUGUAAGAAAACCUUAGAAUUUGGCUCUUUACAUUCUUGGGAAUGUAAUUUUACAUCAUAGUUGCCAUAUAGUAAACAGUUAAUAUAAUUGCACAGUUUAA